UACGCUGUCCGUUGUCUCGACCCCGAGAACGAUAGCACAACCAGAAACGUUGUGUCGUUCCCGCUCUACGGUCACGUCUUCAUAACGCUGUGGGUAUAUAGGAUACGAAAGCAGUCGGAGGUCGACGGCAGCAGGGAGGGCUGUGGACACACCCCAAAACGACUAAGCGGGGUAUAGGGCGCUAGGAAGAGCACCGGUUCGAAGAGAAACCACUGCUGCGUCACGGACUGCGUCACUUAGUUCUUUAGCCAAAGAUGAGGCUUACGAUAAUCUGGGCAUCCUGCAUCCAGCUUGUACUGGCCUAUGUCACCUUCGCUGCAGCCGGUCACGAUUCUUUCUACGACGAAGACUCGUGGUCCCUGGCCGGUGGCCGCUGGGGUGAAAUGCAGAAGCGGCAGGGUCUCAUUCCCUUCCCGAGGGUCGGAAGGUCGGCAGCGGCCCGCGAUCUCAGUUCGGAUGAUCUGAUUACUUUGGACACAGACUCUGCGGCAUCGGGCGGAUGGGCCUUCCUUCUGCUGCCCUACAAGCGCCGCAGCAACACCUUCACUCCUCGCAUCGGCCGUAAGCGCAGGUCGGUGGGCCGACCCGAUGACGGUGUGCACAAGGAGGACGGUGGAUCGUCGCGUUCUCGUCAGGCUGCCUGGGCAGACCUCGAUUGGUCCUACUCGCCUUUAUCCCGGCAGCUUGUCCCCGUUAUCCGCAACGGAAGGGGAACAUUCGUGCCCAGGCUAGGCAAGCGGAGAUCGCUGGGCUCCGGUUACGGCGAAGAAAUCGACUCCGGCUGGGACACCAGCCUCGAGGUGGCCUCCUUCAUGGACGACCCGAAGCGCGGCUCUUUCACACCACGCAUCGGAAGGGGGGCCUUCACUCCUAGGAUCGGCAGGACGCCGUUCACACCACGCAUAGGACGCUCCACUGGGAAUCAGGAGAAGAACUCGGACGCUGUGGGCGAGGACAAGUCGGCGCUCCGUUCGUCCUCGUCAUCCUCCGGCGUUCAGGGCAACGCUGUUUGAACGAAGAACCUUGCAGCGCGACCGUCCUCCUCUUGCUUCCGCCCUGCGAUGGCCACGUCCAUGAAGAGGAGCGCCGUCUCUAAAACGGUUACGACGCACAUUUGCAUAGAGCUGUUGGCGGGAACAAAAAAAAAAUGCCGGAGGAAAAAGAGAAGCAGCAGCUGGAGGUGAACGAAAAAAAAAGAGCCUUCAAAAGGCGUAAACAUCUGUUUUGUUGCUUGUCUACUAGAAGCGGCGAGCUCCGCUUCGAAUCAACCUGAAUAAAAAAAACAA